AUUUCGAACGAUAUGCGUGUGGUCGAGCGGGUGCAAGAAGACCGACCAGGGUCGACAGGACAAGAGCGAGGCGGAGGCGCCAGGGCUGCCUCCACGGCAGCUACGGUGAUUAACCGCGACUCCACAUGUCCGGUCCUGAUUCGCGUCUUUUGCAAUUCCUCCCACAACCGCCCGGAAGCGUACCAGAACAUGCACACAAAAUCGUUGACGAAUGAGCUUCAUGUGUACACUUGGCCCGAUGCGACGUUGCGAGAGAUCGCCGAGCUAGUACAAGAUGCAAACGACGACGCAAGAAAGCACAACCGUCUGGCCAUCUCCCUUGUGUACGUCGACGGCCGCGGCAAGUUCGCCGUGAAGAAGGCGGGAGUUGUCAACACGAGUCGCAAAACGCCCGACGAAGACAAAACCCUGGCGGGCUUGGGAUUCCAGAACGGCGACUACUUGGACGUCGCCAUCUUAACGUAACCAGUGGCAUCUCGCCCUUCCUCCAUCGAUUCAUGCCGUCAACUACGGCAACUUAGGUCCCGCACAGCACGACGUCUUCAUGCUUAUAUAGUUCCUUCACCAUGCUGACCGCUGAUAAGUCCCCUGACAGUCACGCAGUCGGGUUGACUGUACCCAAC